UACUGGUCAGCCCAAGGAGUUGAAGCGAGCCUCAGUUUGCAGGGUGCCCGCACGAGGCACGAGGCACGAGGCAGGCCUCCAUUCGGACCAGAACCCGAUCGGGGCCAUUGGGGACGGGGCGGAGAACGCGAGUAAGCACUACCCUCCUCAACUCCUACCCUCCGCCGUAAACCCCGCUGUUCUUUGCCGGAGCACCCACUCCCCGUCCCCAGCCCCAGUCUCGGUCCCCCCGGACUUCGAUAUCUUCGGAGACCGCCUGCAUGCUCAAAUCGUAGACACUCUGGGUAGGCGCAGGGUGGAGAUCCGUCCGGGCUCGGAUCAAUUUCUUCGUUCGCUGGUACUCAGGCUCUAAUAUUUUUACAAAAUCGAUGGAAAGUUCUAAAUCUCCUCAGUCAUCAAAAAACAGUCGGAUUGUGGUGCCUUCUGAUAGCAAUCGCUCCCGAUUUGACAAUGACGGUUUUUCUUCAGAAACUGCAUCAAAUCAAAUGGUUGUGUUCAACUCUGAAGCAGCAGAUGAACUGGGAGAAAACCGUUUGCAGAAGUCAGUGAUAACAAAGGGGAUAUCACCAUCUAUUGGAGCAUUCACUGUCCAAUGUGCUAAAUGUUUUAAAUGGAGGCUUAUUCCAACAAAAGAGAAAUACGAAGAAAUUCGUGAACGUAUUAUACAGGAACCUUUUGUAUGCAAAAGAGCUCGUGAAUGGAGACCUGAUAUAACAUGCAAUGACCCAGAAGAUAUAUCUCAGGACGGUAGCAGGCUUUGGGCUAUUGACAAACCCAAUAUUGCACAACCCCCUCAUGGAUGGGAAAGGCAGAUUAGGAUAAGAGGUGAAGGGGGUACCAAAUUUGCUGAUGUAUACUAUACCUCUCCUACUGGAAGGAAACUUAGGUCUCUGGUUGAAGUCGAUAGGUUCCUCCAAGAGAAUCCAGAGCAUGUUGCACAGGGUGUAACUUUAGCUCAGUUUUCGUUCCAGAUACCUAGACCUUUGCGGCAGGACUAUGUCAAAAAGAAACCAAAGUUGAUAAAUGCAAGUGAUGAAGCAAGUACAAUUACCUCUAAGUCUUCUGAACCAGAAGAAGGUCUCUAAUUCGUGAACCCUAUAGCCUGGGCAGUUCCUACAAAACAUGAGGGUGAUGCCAGUGAAGAAGCUUCUUUCGCCGAUGAGACACUUGCAUCAGAAGUAGUGCUAACCCGGAAGAGGAAAAUAGGAAGCUCUUUGUCAGUAGAGCCAAACCAUCUCUCUGAUGAACUUGAACCAAAGUUGGAGGAUGCUUAGAACGGGGAGACUUCUAACUGAAAAGUAAAAGUGGGCAGCGUCGUGAUGCCAACUUACCCCCCUGCCAUGGUUUUAUUGGUCCUCUGCUUGUUUCUCGUUUUCCUUGGGAGUCAGCUUCUCUGUUUUAUGUGGUCGCACACGGCCUUAUUUGUAGUAUUACACCACAGAAGCUGGCUGACCCAAAAACCGACAUUUUGGGGGCAGCUACUUAACGAAAUGUUUGCACGAGAGUUUAGAGCCCUAUGGAACUUGUUUGGAUAAAUAUGUUUAUUACGUUGUAGUACUUAGCUAGGAACCUGCUUAUGUAAGAUGAUCUUUCUUUAUGUAAGAUUAAGAACUGUCAGCGGCCUAGUUCUGCUGCACCUCGGAUCUAAUCUCAUGUUCUUUGUUAGACGGACCA